UCAGCUGUGGCCACUAGCUUCUCCAACUUCUCAGCUCUCUCUGGCGCCGCAGCUUCCUUUUCUUGCUUAAGCUAAGACUUGAAGGUAUCGUUUGGACACAGUCGCAGCUAGAGCAAACCUAACUGUAACUACCAAACCAAAUCAUAGUUUAUAUGUGAUCACGAAUAUAAAUCUGGCCUUCGUCCAAUACAAGGAUCGAUCAGCAACCGCUAGAGCUUCCUCUUCUUGCUUUGCACUUGUCGAAAGCGAAAAGAAUGGAGGCACAAAUACGGUUGCUUCUUUUGGUGGCUAUGGCGGUCGUCGCCGGUUGCGCCACCGGCGGCCUCGCCGCGAGGUCGUCCCAGCCGGGCCGCCUCGAGGGCCUGCGCGUGGCCCUGACGCACGUGGACGCGCACGGCAACUACACGAAGCUGCAGCUGGUGCGACGGGCGGCCAGGCGGAGCCGCCACCGCAUGUCGAGGCUCGUCGCGCGGACCACGGGCGUGCCGAUGAUGUCCAGCAAGGCUGCUGCGGCAGCAGGAGCCGACCUGCAGGUGCCCGUGCACGCCGGGAACGGCGAGUUCCUGAUGGACCUGUCCAUCGGCACGCCGGCGGUGCCGUACGCGGCCAUCAUCGACACCGGCAGCGACCUGGUGUGGACGCAGUGCAAGCCGUGCGUGGAGUGCUUCAACCAGAGCACGCCGGUGUUCGACCCGUCGUCGUCGUCCACCUACUCCGCGCUGCCGUGCUCCAGCUCCUUCUGCGCCGACCUGCCCACCUCCAAGUGCACGACCGCGACCAAGUGCGGCUACACGUACACCUACGGCGACUCCUCGUCGACGCAGGGCGUCCUGGCCGCCGAGACCUUCACGCUGGCCAAGGAGAAGCUCCCCGGCGUGGCCUUCGGGUGCGGCGACACGAACGAGGGCGAGGGGUUCACGCAGGGGGCGGGGCUCGUGGGCCUCGGCCGGGGCCCGCUCUCGCUGGUCUCGCAGCUCGGCCUCGACAAGUUCUCCUACUGCCUCACCUCCCUGGACGACACCAGCAAGAGCCCGCUCCUGCUCGGCUCCCUCGCCGCCAUCUCCAAGACGGCGGCGUCGUCCGUGCAGACCACGCCGCUGGUGAAGAACCCGAGCCAGCCGUCCUUCUACUACGUGAACCUCAAGGGCCUGACCGUGGGAUCCACGCACAUCACCCUGCCGAGCUCGGCCUUCUCCGUGCAGGCGGACGGCACCGGGGGAGUGAUCGUCGACUCCGGCACGUCCAUCACGUACCUGGAGCUGCAGGGCUACCGCGCGCUGAAGAAGGCCUUCGCGGCGCAGAUGAAGCUGCCGGCCGCGGACGGGUCCGGGAUCGGGCUGGACCUGUGCUUCGCGGCGCCGGCGAGCGGCGUGGACCAGGUGGAGGUGCCGAAGCUGGUGCUCCACUUCGACGGCGGCGCGGACCUGGACCUGCCGGCGGAGAACUACAUGGUGCUGGACUCCGGGUCCGGCGCGCUGUGCCUGACGGUGAUGGGGUCGCGGGGCCUCUCCAUCAUCGGCAACUUCCAGCAGCAGAACAUCCAGUUCGUGUACGACGUCGGCGGGGACACGCUUUCCUUCGCGCCCGUGGAGUGCGCCAAGUUGUGAGGGCACGCGCGCACACAUUCUUAGCCGGGGUGUCCGUGCAUGAGCAUGGUGUGUUAAUAAUACUGUACACUAGUUGGUGCGCACCGUUACAUUCAGUCAGCUCGUCUGGCUCGGUGUAUGUAUGUAUGUAUCUUUUUUUUGUGAAAGUAUGUAUGUAUGUAUCUAACGGGAUAGGGCGAUAGGCGAUGGAUAAUGAUGGAUCUGUAUAUGACCGAUGGUGAUCACUGAUCAGCA